AUGGCAACGGCAGAGCCAACCACUACGGCAGAACUGUCAGAACUAAAACAACAGCGAGCCUCGACGAAAGCGAGUAUUUCAAGAAUCAAGGCGUUCGUCAAAGGAAAGAGUAAUUCGCUCUCACAACCAGAACUGAAAUGUCGACUAGGUAUUUUAGAAUCAUAUUUUAAACAAAUCUUAGCUUUUCAGACGUUGAUCGAGAAAUUAGAUGCAACUGACUCAGCUAGAGAUGAAUUAGAAGACCUAUACGUUUCCACCAAAAUAUUAAUCAUGUCUCAACUGCAGGAAGAGGCCCACAAUGCAUCAGUGCUAGACGUAACAGCAAUGAUGCCCACCUCAAAUCGCGAAAUAUACCUCACAAAUAUUGAAAAAUUUAAUCACUUACUGAAUUGCCUUACUGGUCAAGCUCUAGAGACAGUACAGGCAUUUCCUAUUUCGAAUGAAAACUAUCCAAAGGCUCUGGAUAGGCUUAAAUCGCGCUAUGACAAUAAUAGCCUAAUCUUCGCCGAAAAUAUCGCGACACUAUUUGAUCUACCAGCAGUAUCGGGUCAGUCAAGCCAACAACUUCGUAGUCUGGUAAACAAUGCAUCCGCUUUGUAUGGUUCACUCUGUUCGCUAGGUACAGAGAAACAAAUAUGUGAGGCUCUACUUAUCUCGCUAAUCAUGCAAAAAACGGACGCAAUUACACGUAGGAAAUGGAAUGAAUCGCGUAACUUCGACACAUUACCCAGUUGGGAAGAUUGCUCAAAAUUAUUGGAUAGGCAUUGCCAGUUUCUCGAAUCACUCGACAGUGGAAACGGCAAUCAGUCAUCAUCACAACGUAAACCUAAUAAUCGUAACUCCAAGAGUAACAGACGCUCAAAACAAUACGCAUUUGUUGCAUCUACAUCCAGCAAUUCUUGCUCAUUUUGUUCUAGCAAUGAACACCUAAUACAGAAUUGUCAUCGUUUUAAGGCACUGGAGGUGGUUCAAAGGUUUGAAAAGGUGAAGAGCCUAAAACUCUGCAUAAACUGCUUAUCGCCACGCCAUCAUGUGGUUAAUUGCACAUCAACGUUUAAAUGUAAGGUUUGCGCAAAGCCACAUCACACUCUCUUGCAUCAUUCGCAAUUGCCAACGAAUAUUAAGAGCGCGGGAUCAUCACGACGCACAGAACACGCUGCUAUGCCCAACGACAACGUUGCCAGCCAUUCCCAUUUUAAUAUGUCAUCGGCCGAGCAAAUAAUUCUAGCUACUGCAUUGGUUUUAGUGAAGGAUUCAUCGGGAAGUUAUCAAGUGGGUAGAGCCUUGCUUGAUUCAUGCUCUCAGGUCAACUUCAUAACGGAGGAGUUUUCAAAGAAGCUUAGUUUAGCAAAACAUAAACAUCGGUUGCAUGUUUCCAGUAUUGGUAGUUCGUUGACCAACAUAAAGUAUCAGACGCUCACAUCAAUCAAAUCUCGUCAUUCAAAUCUUGAACUUGCUUUAAACUUUGGUAUUACGAAUCACAUCGCAUAUCAACCAAGUUCUGAAAUCGAUAUAUCGUCGUGGAAGGUUCCACCAAAUACACCUCUCGCCGAUGAGCAAUUCUUUAAAUCCAAGCGCGUUGAUCUCUUGCUUGGAGCUGAAAGUUUCUUUGAUAUUUUGUCUGUCGGUCAAAUCAAACUAGGUGAAAAUUUUCCAGUACUUCAAAAAACACUAUUAGGAUGGAUUGUAUCUGGCAAGUACAAGGGUCAGCCAUUUGCAUCACCAGCAGCAAAAUGCCUAUUAUCAGUUGAAGAUACAGUCUCCGAUCAAUUAGAAAUGAUGUGGAAGAUAGAGGAAGUGCAAUCGGCUUCAAAGUCAUGGUCACCAGCACAUGUUGCGUGUGAGUCAUUAUAUCGUGAAACGGUUCACCAAAAUGCGAUGGGAAGAAUUGUCGUUCGGUUACCAUUCAAAGAUUCACCAGAUUGUCUUGGUUUGACACACAAUAUCGCCUUGCGCCGUUUUUAUUCUGUAGAACGGCGAUUGUCAUCUAAUCGUGCACUGAAGCAAGACUAUCAAGAAUUCAUGAAACAAUAUCGAGAGCUCGGACACAUGACGCGUGUUGAGACUCCGAAACCCAACGAACCUCAUUAUUAUAUCCCUCAUCAUUGUGUUUUAAAACCGUCGAGCACUUCGACCAAGCUGAGGGUGGUUUUUGAUGCGUCAUGUCCAACAACUUCGCAACGUUCAUUAAAUGAUAUUCUACUGGUCGGCCCGACAAUUCAGUCGGAGUUAUAUUUGUUGCUACUUCAAUUUCGUUUGCACCGAUAUGCCUUGACGGCUGACAUUGUUAAGAUGUACCGACAGAUACUGAUAGAUGAACCAGAUCGAAAAUUCCAAUAUAUUUUUUGGCGAGAUACGGAGUCCGAUCCUGUUAGUACUUACGAGUUGAAUACAGUCACUUAUGGUACUGCAUCAGCACCUUUUCUAGCAACCAGGAGUUUGCAGUAUUUGGCGGACAAAUUUGAAACACAAUACCCAAUAGGCGCUGCACUCAUUAAAUCAUCGUUCUUUGUCGACGACUUCUUAGGUGGAGCAGAUUCCAUUGAUCAACUCACCAAUAUCAGACAUCAGUUAACGGCCAUUCUACAGAAGGGUUGCUUCGAUCUUGACAAAUGGCAUUCAAACCAUCAUGACUUCAUUAGCGAUACUACAACAAAGAGUUUGAAUCUUGAUACAGAUACAGUCACCAGCGCUCUAGGCAUCAAGUGGCACCAAAUGCAAGAUGUUUUCCUAUUUUCGUUCAAUGCACAACCAGGUCAUAUUGUAACAAAACGCACCAUCUUAUCCCUUGCGUCUUCAUUAUUCGACCCGCUUGGAUUACUAGCACCGAUCAUACUCGUAGCCAAAAUUAUGAUGCAAGAAUUGUGGCUUUUGCGUGUGGACUGGGACGAGUCAAUCCCUCAAAAUCUUCACUCAGCUUGGAAAACAUUUAUUCAAGAUCUUACAACGCUUUCAUCGGUUAAGGUGCCGAGAUACUGCCUAUCCAUAAACUAUCAACAGGUUGAUGUACACGGUUUCUGUGACGCUUCAAUACGCGCAUAUGGUUGCUGUAUAUUUCUCCGAUCACAAAACACAUCAGGUAAGGUGACGGUCAGGCUAUUCACUGCAAAAUCCCGUGUGGCACCUAUAAAGCGGAAGUCGCUACCUAAACUAGAACUCUGUGGUGCCUUACUUCUUGCCAAACUGUAUCAGAAGGUCCAACCAAUAUUUGCGCAAUUUAAGGGUGAAACGUUUUUUUGGACUGAUUCACAGAUUGUAUUACAUUGGUUGAAGCAGCACUCAUCAACCCUGUCUGCAUUCGUUGGCAAUCGAGUAGCGGAAAUUCAAGAUAUUACCGCAAAUGGGCAAUGGAGACACGUUCCUACCCAAUCCAACCCGGCAGAUGUUGUGUCGCGCGGCUGUAACAUCCGCCAAUUAUCAGAGUCUUGUUGGUUUACGGGGCCGGAAUUUUUGUUACUCGCUGAUAAAUACUGGCCGCAUUUGAAAUGUCACAACCUGGAUAUGGAAGAAGUCAAUAAAGAGACGCGAAAGGUUGUAUUCGUUAACACAAAUGAAGACAACUACGUAUUACAGGUAUUGUCAAGAUAUAGUUCAUACACUAAGAUGCUACGAGUAAUAGCGCAGGUACAGCGUUUUUAUCAUGUAACCAAGAAUAAAUUGAAGAACGGAGAAUGUACCCUCCAACCUAUUCAGCUACAAAAGACAUUGCACUGUAUUAUUUGGGUCAUCCAACAGCAAUUCUUCGAAAUUGAUAUACAACGCCUACAACGAGGGAACCCAGCCGAAGGUACAUUAAAGCAUCUAAAUCCCUUCCUGGACAAUGUAUUCGGUUAUCAAUUACUAAAGGUGGGAGGUCGCCUCGAGCUGAGUGACAUCUCAGUAGGCCAACGUCACCCUAUUUUGUUGCCGAAGGGCUGUUAUUUUGUGGAACUUUAUGUUCGGCAUAUACACUUGUGCAACUAUCAUGCAGGCGCAAAAGCACUAAUUGCCCUUACUCGACUAAACUUCUGGAUAAUUAAUAUUCGAGAAAUUGCACGCCGAGUCGUGCACUCGUGUAUUCACUGCGUGCGUUAUAAACCCAAACUACUUAAUCAAAUGAUGGGUAAUCUCCCAAUCGAACGCCUCACUCCAAGCCGUCCAUUCGCGCGUACUGCGGUAGAUUUUUGCGGUCCGAUAUUAACGUAUCUCCGAAUUCGGGGACGGGUUCCAUAUAAGACCUAUAUAGCCGUGUUCGUUUGUCUGUCUACAAAGGCAGCUCAUCUAGAAGCCGUGUCAGACUUAUCUACGGAGGCAUUUAUUGCAGCACUGAAAAGGUUAAUCGGUAGACGAGGGUUACCAUCAGACAUCUAUUGCGACAACGCCACGAACUUCGUUGGGGCUAACAACAAACUAGCAGAGUUAAAAAGAAUGUUUUUCGAGAAGUCUAAUCAAGUGAUGCUGCAGACCUUUUGCAGCAACCAAUUCAUAAAUUUCAAUUUUAUACCGCCCCGAGCACCUCACUUUGGAGGUCUAUGGGAAGCGGCUGUAAAAAGCGCGAAAGGCCAUCUGUAUCGAACACUAUCAAAUACUCGAUUCACCUUUGAGGAGCUUGGAACAGCACUGAUUGAAAUCGAAGCUAUCUUAAAUUCGCGACCAAUCACACCUCAUUCUUGUGACCCGAGCGAUUAUGAAGCGCUAACGCCAGCACAUUUUCUUAUCGGUGGGCCGCUCAAAACUUUAUCUGAACCAAGUCCUCAGUAUGAAUCUGCUUCAUUAAUUGAUAAAUGGUCUCGUAUAACCGCAGUCAAACAUCACUUCUGGCGCAGAUGGUCUAGAGACUAUCUGAAUGAGCUGCAGAUACGCACCAAAUGGACAGAAGAACAAUCUAACAUCACCGAGGGGGCUCUGGUUUUAAUCCAUGAAGACAAUAUGCCUCCACAACGCUGGUUGAUGGGCCGAAUCGUGCAUUGCAUCAGGGGUCCAGAUAAUUUGGUUCGUGUUGUUGAUGUGCAAACCCCAAAAGGAGUAAUACGGCGUCCAAUCCACAAACUCGCACUAUUACCAAUUGAAAAUCCUUUCAAGGGGGGCGGGAUACUGGACAAUACUGGCGUUAAAAUAGGAUCUCAUACAGUAUCAAGUAGUCCGAAUAACAUUACUAUAGCUCCAACACAGGCGCAACCAUUUCAACAACAACAAUCUCAGCAGCCUCAACAACAACAACAACAGAUAGUUUUUCAAACCCCAACAGCACCUUCUUCGUUGCAACAAGAACCAACUAUUAAACUAUCAUCUGAUGGUAGACAAAUGCAGCUAGUAGCCAUACCUCAGUCCGCACCCGUACAGACAACAACGCAACAGCAGCAUCAUUCAACCAGUAACAAUACUAUCCCAACUGCAAUAUUACCACCGCAACUGACAGGAAUGCCUGGUAAUGUAUCCAUAUCAGUAGGUUCACCUGCAUCUGCUGCGGCAUUGAUUCCUCAACUUACUGGAAGCUUAACUUUAGCAGUUUCUGAACAUUGUGAGCGCUUAAUUCUAAGGCACGAUCCAAAUCAACCUCAAGAUUCUCAAUCUCAACUUAUACUACAAGCUCUCUUAAAAGGUGCAUUCCCAAAUUUGACAAUAAUCAAUGAGCCAACUAAAGUAGAUAAUAGGAGUCAACAGGCGAACACCAUACAGCAGCAACAGUCGCAAAUUGGUUCAAAUGGUUCAAAAACUGUGAUCGCUCCUAGUACAGGAGCUGUAAAUAAAAAUUUGUCUACAGUAAAACCGCCCACAAUUCAAUUGCAAUUAAAUGCGAAUACAUCGAAUGUCACCAAUCACAUGUCAGGGCAAAACGUGGGCCAACAACAAACGCAAUUGGAUAACAAACGUUUUGUUUAUGAUUCAAAACAAACUCAAAUCAAGCCACAAGAUCCUCAACCUCAACAGCAAUUGGUGACAUUUACCCAACAACAGCAACAAAUAUUGACACAAACAAAUCAAGCAAAUAAUGCAUUAAUAAACCAGGCUGCAUUUGCUGCAGCAGCAGCUGUGCAGAGUCAGCAACGUUAUGUUGCUUUACCAAAAAUAGAUCCGUCUACACAGCAGCUCUUUUGCCUUAACUCUUUUAACAAUCAGAUAACACCUAUAAGUGCAACUCAAACAGCAGCAUCGAUUGGACCAACCGAAAGAUUACUUAUUGCUCCAGCUGGUAUAAAUGCUCAGCAAUUGGCACAGUGUCUACAACAAGGGCAAAUCCAUUUUAAUGACGUCAACCCUUUACCAUCUACAACGCAACCAACCAUUGGACUUAACUCAAGUAUAAAUCAACCUUUAAAUCAGUCUCGAAUACAACCGCAGCAACAGAUUGUCCAUCCACAACCAAUACAACCACUUAUUAAUUGCAACAAUUCAUCGCUAACUCUGACAAACACUACAACAACGACAACAACCGUCACAAAACAAGUGGCAAAUGUCGCUCCAAUUAUAGAUCAAAGUAAAGCCAAGUUAGAACCAACAAAAGUUGUAAAAAAGAAACCUGUACGAAAACCAAAAACUACAACAACUGCUGCUGACGUUGCUGCUGCAGGUGCAGGUGGGACAUCCGCAAUUAUGAAAAAUGCUAGCGUUGUAAAGCCGAUGCCCAAAUUAGAUCCUUUAUCACAAAAACCAAAUAAUAAUCCCGUACAAAUCGUUCAACCAAAUAUUGCAAGCGGCAAGCAAGUUGUUGUCUCUUCUGCUUGCAGCAGUGUAACAACAACAACUACCACUACAACUACAAGCAAUAGCAUACAACCGUUUCAAACUUUACAGCAAACUACAAAACUAAUUGGUAUCACUGCACCAAUGCAGCAGCAACCGCCACAACAACAACAAAUACAGCAGCAAACUUUUCAACAGUCUUCAAACUUGUUGCAAACGAAUAAUCAACGAAAUUUUAAUAAUCAUAGCGGAACUAUCAAUACGUCUGUUGCUAAUAAUAAUAGUAGCAACAGCAACAGCAACAGUAAUUUAUCGUGCAAUAUAUCUUCAACUAGCAAUAACACUAACACAACAUUUAUUAAUAGUUUUUCAAUGCAAGCAGUAACUACUAGCAUUGCAAAUACCACAUCAACUGCAAGUAUAACAAAUGGACCUGCAGUACUUACCUCCAUUACUACUGCUAACAACAGUAACACACUGACGCAGCAACAAUCACAAACUAAUCCGUCUCAUACACAACCACAACCACAACAGCAACAGCAACAUACGGUUUCACGUGUACAAACAAUACAAUUAACGCCACAACAACAACAAAUGUUUAAACAAGUUCAAAUGCAAAUACAAUACCUCACAAUUAAGUUACAACAUAGGCCAUUACUCGCAACAACUCCGUUGCCGCCAGAUUUUGAUCCAGCUGUAAUUGCUGCAUUCAAUAAGCCAAUGAGUGAUAACGAAAUAAAUGUGGCUUUGCAACGCCUCCUGGGAGAGCAACAGCGAAUAUUAGCUUCAGGAAAAGAAAUUCCCACACCUGAAGGCUUAUUACCAAAUGCGAAUGGUGGUUUCACACUAAUAUCGCACCAACAAAAUCAGCAAAUUGAUUUAAAACCAAAUACAGCAAAUAUACCAGCAAAUGUCGUCCAACCUAAUAAUCAUUCAACAACAACUACAGUUAGCUGCUCUAGUAACAACAUACAACAACAACAAGCUCACCAACAAAAUGUAGCUCAUCGCAUACAUAUUUAUCCGAUGCAACAUCAUCAAAAUGUACAGCAAAAUAAACAAAAGCAACAACAACAACAACAGCAGCAGCAGCAGAAACAAUCACAACAAAUUUCUCAAUUAACAACAAACAAUGUAAGCCAACAGCAGCAACAAGCCAAAGCGAAAGAAACAACAGCAAAAAUUAAGCAAAUUGCUACUCAGCAAAUACAACAACAACAACAACAGCAUAUAAUACCUAAUACCAUGGUUCCCAUGAUAUCUCAGCAAAAACAAUUUGUUCAGCAAGGCAAUAACGCCACGAAUAGCUUACAACAGCAGCAAACUACUCAACCACAACCACAAUCAAUACAACAGAAGAACACGCUUUACCAAAACUCCAAUAAUGUGCCAAACGGACCACCACCCUUAGUAUUCUCCUCGAAUGGAACAACAUUGACCCAACAACAGAUGUCCAUUACAGCAUUUUCAAGCACAACAGCUGCUUCUGCAACAACAACAACAAAUGCAUCUGUUAGUAGUCAUAGUAAUACGAUUACUAUACAACCCCAGCAACAGCAACAAAUUCAACAACAACAACCACAACAAACAUCUAUAGCCACUGAAAUAGCAACACCAACAACAUCCUCAAGUGUAACUAAAAUAUCAGCGGGAACUACAACAAUACUAGCUAGUAACAACGUGGUUACUUCAGCUCCACAAACAAUAACAACGGCUCUAAAUAAAUCAGAAGAACUUGAGUCGACAAAGCCGAAACUUGCUCGUCUCUCCUUAUUUAUACGUCAACUGGAUGUAGAUCAACAAAGUUGUAUCAAACCUGAUUACAGUAAUCCAUUUCAAAGCAAAGAGGAGGCUGUAAAACGCCUUAUUCGUUAUCAUUGCAUGCAUCAACAGGAUGAGUAUAUACCAAUUGAAGAAGAUGAAGAAUUUAAUCAAACCGCAACACGACUGAAGGAUAAAUUUCACUUACUUUCCAGCAAAUUUAAAAAAUUGCUACUUCAGGAAUCUAUGCUACCACAUCGCACUUCGGAGUUCUGUCAGGUACAGCAAUUAAUGAUUGACGACCUGAAACUGGAAUUAGACGAUUUAAAAUCAGCUAAACAAUCACAGGAUGAGUGGGAAAAACUUGAUCAAGAAUUAAAACAAGAUCUGAAUGAGCAACAUCAGCGACAACUUAUGGACGAAUUCAAAACCGAAUUAAAUUCUUAUAAAAUCAAUACUAGCUCACCAGGCUUAAACAGUUGUAAAGAUAGUACACUGCAGCAAGAAAAUUCUGGCUUCAAAAAUGAAAUAAAAACUGAGCCAACUGACCGUGACCGUGACCGUGACCCAAAUAAUAUCACAAAUGGUGCUAUCUUCAUGGAUAAAUUUGAUUUACUUAAACAUAGCAGCAAUGUUAAUAUAUUUGCAUCGAUUAAAAAACAUGAUAUCGUAAAGAAAGAUCAGAAAUAUGGUUGGCAUAUUGACGAUACACAAGUAACCAACACUGAUGUCGAAAGUUUCGACAACAAAGGCAAGAUAUCAACAAUGACUUCUUACUCUAGUUGCAAUAAACAGCAAUACAGCAGUUCUAUAAAAAAAGAUGACAUGUCAACCGAUGGAAAUAAUACUCACUCUGCUGACGUUAAAAAAGAAUUUGAUAACUUUGAUAUUGAAUCAGAGAUAAGGCCCAGUUUUAUAAUGAAAAAAGUAGAACAAAAUAAAAUUUCACAAGGACAUCAAGCAAAUGAACGUUUUACAAUGAAUCAAAAAACUAUAUCCAGUGACAAAGUAAGCAAUUUAUAUGAACAACAAAUGUCACAAAUACUACAUCAACAAAAAUUACAACCAAAUAACUUUAACAUACAACAUAUUAACGCUAAGCAACACGAGGAUGAUUGGUUUUGCCUGCAAAAGGAAUUGAAUUUAAUCAAUUCCGAAAAUAAAAUAGGACAACAACAAACGACAGUCAAGUCGCUAGAACAAAUUUUUGAAAAUUCUGAUUCCAACGCCUUACUUAAUACAACAGACACUAGCCACAUCGUCGAUUUGUUUCCAAAUGGUUGCAUAAGUAAAGACAGCACCAAUACAAGUGGUAGUAGCGGGAGUAACAACAGCUGCAGCCAAGAACGACAACAACCUGUAAUUAUCCAACAACACCAACAACAAACAAACAAUCAACAUGUUGCUUCUAUUAGUGACUUCUUCCAUGCAGAUUCAGAAGUACACAAAUCAGUUGAAACACGUUUAGAAGCUAUGUUUGGUGAAUCACCAGUUCAUUUGGGUAAAAGUAGUAGUGAUUCGCAUGAUAUUGAAUCCGGUUUAGAUGAUAUAUUUGGUGAUACAAAAUCUUCAGCUGAUGAUGUUGGAAUAAAAGACAAAAGAAUUUGGGAUCAUGAACUAGGCACAAACUCAAAUUUUAUACGUGCAACCAACAGCAGCUCAACUGGACCAGUUCCUCAACAAAAUGUAUUAUUUGAUAAUGAACAACAACAGUAUACGGCUAAUACAGUACUACACCAAAAUCAACAGCAUCACAUACAGUUAAGUUGCAAUAAUAAUCCACGUUGGAUGCAAACUAUGGAAGCUCAAUUUAAUGACUUUAUGUCCGCUGCAACAACAUCAACAAAUGCAAUUGCUGCAAAUGGGAUUGUAGGAGAUGGGAACAGUGAUAUUCGAAAGCGUCAUUGGAAUGGCCACAUGAUGUCUGCGAGUGAUUUGGAAGAUGAACACAUCAAUAAAAAGAUGUGCACUACACCAAUCUCAUCGUCAACAUCAUCUUCACCACUGUCACAACAACAAGCUAUGCAACAUCAUGAUCUUAUGGAUACUAAUGAUUUAUUAUCUUUGCAUGAUGGCUUAGGUGUGGAACACAGCUCCAAUGUAAAUAACGUAAAUGCAAGCCCUGGUGGGUUUACACAAUUGUUAUUACAGCAACAACAACACACUUUUACGCAGGCGCAUCAACAUUUUGAUGGUAUUUUAGACGGCCAUAAUGACAAUAUGGAUCACCAUCAACACUUUUCUCAAAACCAUGGUAUGCAACCAGAACAUAUGCACCAACAUAGCUUACAACAGCAUAACAUUAAUCACAUCACAGGUUCCGCUGAAUUUGACGAUGACAUCAGUCGACAUGUGCAAAAUGCUAUCGAUAGCAUUUUAAAUUUGCAAAAUAGUGAGUCAGAUUCUUUGAAUUUUUCUCUGGAUCAUUCGAUGGGCGCACUCUUAGAUGACAGUUUGCUUGAUGAUCGUCAGCAAGUUACGGUAGCUUUACCUAGUUGCCAAGAGGCUGCUAAACGUCGUUUGUUGUCAGAUGAUCUUAGCGAUUGUCUUAUAAGUGGCGGUACGAACGCAGGGAACGAAGUUGGUGACAAUGUAAACAAUUUAUUGCUUGAUACGCAUCAACAGCUAUUAAAUCACAAUACUAAUCAUCAUCAUACGCAUCACAGUCUACAUAAUCAUCAACACACUUUACAGCAACAACAUAACUUAACAAAUGCAGCAAACACAGCUGCGGUGCUUACAGAUUUUAGUUGUGUAUCAGCCGGCUUGGAUGAUGCUGUUAAAUCGAUAAUAACAUCUUGACAACUUGCAGAAGAUUAACAGGCUCAACAAUAACUAACAGCAGCUAGUAUAGCUAUUGUGAAUAAUAUGAUAUUGGAAUUUCAUACAACACCAAUAUAGUAAAUGUGUUUAAAAAAUUUUUAACUAACUCAAUGUGAUAAAUUACAAAAUAAUAGAAAAAAAAUAAUGGCAUUUAAAUUGUUUAAAAAUU